AUGGCUGAUCGGCGACAGCCAGGGGCGCACGACGACUACUGGCGCUUGGACCCGACGUCCAGGCGCCCUGAACCCAAGGAUUCAGCUGCAGUGUUCUUUGAGGUGGACUCCGCCCUCUUCGAGAACAUUGACGAGUACGAGGACUCCGCGCAGGAGUCACUACGCCAGUGGCAGGCGGAAGUCGCCCGCCACGAGCAGGAGCUUCAAGCGGGCCAGAAACGCUUCGAGGAGCUCCUCAAGAGUAUCAAGGCGGCCGUGGAGGAGCCCGCCAACAAGAAGAGGCGCACCCCUGAGGGUGCAGUGCAUGGUGCGGCGCCUGCGGCGCGUGCUGACCCGCCAGCCAAGCAGGCCCCGCCGACGGCGCCAGCGCCGCCCAUCGUGCCGCCUCCCGUCAAGGCGGCGCCUGCCAAGGUGCCAGCGUGCCCGCCAGCCAAAGGCGGAGGCACAGCGGCGCCUGCGGCACUGUCGGCGGCCGAGCGCACGGCCGCCCUCCUCGCGGAGGAGCAGGCCACCGCUGCUCGUGAGGCCAUUUCCCAGAAGGCCAAGGAGGCAGCGGCUGCGGCGAAGCAGACGGGAAAGCCCGCCACCCUCACCGCCGCCAAGGAGGGCCUCAGGCAGGCGGCACAGGUGACGUUGUUCUUCGGCAACGUCACCCAAUGGGGGCCCAAAGCCUCCAGGUACAUUCACAAGAUUCGCAACCACUACAAGGUGGUCGCCCUAGCGGAGACCCACAUCGAGAAGGCGCGCAUCCCCCUGGAGCGCGAGACACUACGGAAGGAUGGCUGGAAGUUGGCAGCCACACCAGCAGUGAAGAAGCAUGAAGGCUACUCCGCUAGCGAAUGGAUAUUGGCUCGUAAUUUCGUCGCCACCACGACGAUGGACAAGCUGCGCACGGACGUGAUGGCCAUGGGCCACAAAGACCCUUUCAGAGGUUUCGUUCCCAUUGUAUGGCACCUGCAAUCUGGCAACUUGGUGGUAGUCUCAACGUACCUCCCUCCAGGCAUGGGAGUCCAGCGCAGAAAUGCAGAUACCCUCAAGGCCUUGUCGGCCUUUCUUUUCAAGAUCAGAGACCCGUGGAUCGUCCUCGGAGACUGGGACAUGUCGCCAGCGGCGUUCACCAACACUAAGUGGCCCAGCAAGAUGCAGGGACACAUCGUCACGGCUGGAAACGUGGACUUCACCUGCGACCAGGGCGCCAAGGGAGGCAUGUACGACUAUGCGUUAGUAAAGGAUGGAUACCAGGACUUUGUCAAUAUUCAGGCGGUACUGACAGUUCCUUGGAGGCCACAUUCUGGACUGGAGAUAACGAUGGCGGGUUUCAGCAGCAAGUGGUGGCACCGCAGCAUUGAGUUGGCCCCCACGUUGCCCGCAUACUCCAAGCCAAAGCUGCAGGCCCAGGCCGACAGCAAGCGUAGCAAGCAGAAGAGAAAGCAGACUCAACGGCGAGCUGAAGCACUCCCAGAGCAACUGCAGGAUGCGUUUAUCGAGAUGAGUCACGAGCAGGACGCCCAAGAACCAACCCAACCACAGUUCCACAUCCCUGAGGACAAUUGGACUGUUGGACUUGCUCAGGCGGAUGCUCUAUUGACGGAUGGACUUGAUUUCGCCUCCCACCCCAUCCCAGUCACUCAGGCGCUGGCUCGAGACGAGGAGGGACAGCACCAGAUUGAUUGGCAUUAUGCGAGAUGGGUCACAGCUUUAGAGGAAACUAUCCUCUCUGUUGAGCCAGCGCCCCAGCGACAUUGCACGGGCAGACGCAACGGCUUCCAACUCCAAUGGGAAGUAUCAAAGUCAACCCCAGGACGAGUUCAUGUGGAAGAUAAGCCUGCUGAGUUAUGGGGCGUGAUGGCGACCUUGGUCUCACGCCUGCGCAAGCUGGUCGCCAAAGGUCUGAACCCAGCGCAGCAGGAUGAUAUCCUCAGGCGGCUGAAAGAGAUUGGUGCAGACAUUCUCAAGGGCACGCCGCUGCAGUACUUCGGCAAGAACAGUGAUGCUGAUCGCGAAGAAUGGACUGAGAUGUACAGCAGGCUUUGCAACGUGGACCAGUCGCAGAUCCAGGCUGAGUACUUCGCAGUGAUGGCCCUGAAGAAGGCCAGCGAGGUCCCGCCGCCAGACCACUCCGACCUCGACCCAGGCAUCUGA